AUGCAGAUGCUGGUGGAAGGUGAAAUCACCUCCCCAAGUGGCGGCCGCUUAUGUAGACAAGACCUCAGUCCAAAAUGCCUUUAUCUUGGGUGGAGCCUUGCACUUAAUUUAUCCUUACCCGGCUGCCGGGGCCCCGUCAUUCCCCGGUGCCAGCUGGUGCGGAUCCUCCGGCAGUAUGGGCUGGAAGGCUUCGGCAGGAGAUCGGGGGCUGAUUGGGUCUGCCUGGCAAGGCACAAGAGUUGUUACAACACCAAGGCCAUCAACUGCAGCAAGAACGGCAGCUCAGACUAUGGGAUCUUCCAGAUCAACAGCAAGUACUGUGGCUACGACGGGCGAACGCUGGGGGCCAGCAACGGGGGGUGCCACAUGCCCUGCAGCAAGCUCUUGGAUAACAACAUCGCAGACGACAUCAGAUGUGCUAAGCUCAACGCAAGGAAAGCGCGCGGCCUCAUGCCCUGGGUCGCGUGGAAGAAAUGCUGCAGGGGAAAGGAUUUGAAGCCAUACGUCAGGGGAUGCUAG